GGCCCCGGGCAGCGGCUGAGCAGGGGGCAGCCCCAGGCGUCCAGCUGCGGGCCAACGACCGACCGCGGCAAUUAAAAAAAACCCACUCACCCCCGAGCCGCGGGAGGCGGGCGGCGACGCCUGAAAUCUGAGCAGGAAAACGGGUCCCUUCUGUCGCGGGCUAAGGUUACAAAGGCGGGGGUGACUCCAGAGGAGCGGCAGCCGGGAGACGAGCUAUGAAGUCUUACACUCCAUUUUUCGUACUCCUGUGGAGUGCUAUUGGACUAGCAAAGGCUGCCAAAAUCAUUGUUGUGCCGCCAAUUAUGUUUGAAAGCCAUAUGUACAUUUUCAAGACCUUGGCCUCAGCCUUACAUGAGAGAGGCCACCAGACAGUGUUUCUCCUGUCCGAAGGCAGAGACAUCAUGCCAUCUAAGCAUUACAGACUCCAGCGCUAUCCAGGGAUCUUUAACAGCACCACCUCAGAUGCUUUCCUACAGUCCAAAAUGCGGAAUAUUUUCUCUGGGAAAUUUACGGUAAUGGAACUGUUCGACAUACUGCAUCACUACUCUAAGAACUGUGAGAUGAUGGUCGGCAACAGUGCUUUGAUACAGGGCCUGAAAAAAGAAAAAUUUGAUUUGCUGCUGGUGGACCCUAAUGAGAUGUGUGGAUUUGUUAUAGCCCAUCUUUUAGGGGUGAAGUAUGCAGUAUUCUCCACAGGUCUUUGGUAUCCUGCUGAAGUGGGGGCUCCCAUGCCAUUGUCUUAUGUUCCAGAGUUUAACUCACUUCUCACGGAUGAUAUGACCUUUCUGGACAGAAUGAAAAACACCGGCGUUUACCUCAUUUCCAGAAUAGGGAUCAGCUAUCUGGUUCUUCCAAAAUAUGAAAGAAUAAUGCAAAAGUACAACCUGCUUCCGGUGAGAUCCAUGUAUGAUUUGGUUCAGGAGACCAGCUUGUGGAUGUUGUGUACAGACAUGGCGCUGGAGUUCCCAAGACCCACUCUGCCUAAUGUUGUUUAUGUUGGAGGAAUCCUGACCAAGCCAGCCAGCCCACUACCAGAAGAUCUCCAAAGAUGGGUGAAUGAUGCUAAUGAACAUGGUUUUGUCUUGGUGUCUUUUGGAGCUGGUGUAAAGUAUUUAUCAGAAGAUAUCACCCAUAAACUGGCAGGAACCUUGUCAAGGUUGCCUCAAAAGGUGAUUUGGAGGUUUUCUGGACUCAAACCAAAGAAUCUCGGGAAUAACACAAAACUCAUAGAAUGGCUACCCCAGAAUGACCUGCUUGGACACUCAAAUAUUAAAGCCUUUCUUAGCCAUGGUGGCUUGAACAGCAUUUUUGAAACUAUGUACCAUGGAGUUCCUGUGGUGGGUAUUCCACUCUUUGGAGACCAUUAUGAUACAAUGAUCCGAGUCCAGGCAAAAGGCAUGGGGAUAUUGCUGGAAUGGAAGUCAAUGACCGAACAGGACUUGUAUGAAGCCUUGGUGAAAGUUAUUAAUGAUCCUAGCUACCGUGCACGUGCCCAGAAGUUAUCAGAAAUUCACAAGGAUCAGCCUAGUCACCCUGUCAAUCGAACUGUCUAUUGGAUUGAUUACAUUCUCCGUCAUAACGGAGCACACCACCUACGGGCCGCCGUCCAUCGCAUCUCUUUCUAUCAGUAUUUUUUGCUGGAUAUCGUCUUUGCGCUGGCACUGGGUGCUGCCUUACUUUACUUCGUUUUGACAAGGAUGGUCAAAUUCACCUACAAACAGAGCACACGUCUCUGGUCUAGAAAUGAGUAUAGCACUAUUAAUGGACAUUACCACAAUGGAAUCCCCAAUGGCAAGUAUAAAAGAAAUGGCCACAUUAAACAUGAGAAGAAGGUGAAAUGAGCCAACCCACCAGCAUUAUCUCAAGGAAUCAGUUCAGUAGUUGAAUUUUUAUCACUGUAACUUAGUCUAACAGCUACUUAAAGAAAAACCUCAGUAAACAAUUCUAACACUCCCCUAUGUAACCUUACAGGAUGAAAUUCUACAGAACUAAGAUGUCUUAAAAAAAAGCACAAACCUAAAAUGCAAAAAUGUAUUUUAUUCUUAAUACUGAUGCAGAGAGGUGUAUUUUGGCAACGAAAUUUUUAGCAGCCUUAAUUCUUUGAAUCAAUUGAAUGACCCUAAGAGUUCUUAGUUUUAAAACCAGAAUGUGUAUGACCCAGGUAAGAAAUUUUUUGCCCUCAAAAAAGUUUUUUUUUAGUUUA